AUGAGUCGAAGAAACAGAGGAAAUGAGCAUCAUUGGGAGUGGCUGGACGCACUCACUUGUGCAAGAGGAAAAGAACUAAUUCUUGGGUUGGUGAGAAGAAUGAGAGCAAUGGAAGAGAACCUAAAGUUAAUAGAAGAACAGAAGAAAGAAGUGGAAGGUAAGCUGAAAAUGGAGGAGAGAGAAAAGAAGGAAUUAGAGUACAAAGUUGGAGAAUUAGGCAAGCAGAAAAGACUGUUGGAAGAGAAAAGAAUAGGCCAAUGA